AUGGUCCGGAUAUUUUUUCUAGCGUCGCUUACACCUCAUCACGACGUUGAGGCUGCGACGAUAGAUGGAAAAAAAUUCAAGGACAGGAUGGAAAAAUUGGAGGGAAGCGAUACAGAGGUCAAGUUGCUCGGAGUAAGAGAUGGAGGACGCGAGCAAGAGACAGAAAUGACUGGCUUGGAGUCCUUGAGGAGGCGCAGGUCCAUGUAG